AUGACGCCCUCAGCUGACCAUCUGCUGGUCUACGGUCUCUAUUUGCUUAUUGAUGAGGCCGCCUCACAGUUUGGGGAAUUGGAUCCGGACGCCGGCAGCUAUUUGCUUCAACAAAAUGAUGGUUCAAUCCAAAUCGAGCUUCAAGAAGAAGCGACCGACUGCGAUUACCGAUGCCGAAGCAUACGUAAAGCGCUCUUAGAUGCUGAGAUGAAGGGCUUGGAAGAUGCACCAAAAUUACCCGAAGUCGAGGUCCAGGAGGGGCGAGCUCCCUGUUCACUAGAUGACUUCAUCUCAACUAACAACUGUACCAUGAGCCAACCCUACGAUGAUGAAGAGAUUUUAUGCGCACGGUGUCAUGGAAUAUUCAACCUGGGCUCCGGUUGCUUUCCCCGUUAUCUAAAUGCCGUACGUUGUGAAGGAGCCGAUUCCGAAUGUAUCUACGAUCGGUGGACUAAUACAGCCCAUGGUAAAUGUCGGCCACAACGCCUAGCGUUCAAAAUAUUGCAAAAUGUGGGAGACGAUGUAUGCGAGGUUUGGAAAAUAGUAAAUAUACAGCUACCUGUGGCCUGCAAUUGUUUUCUGCUACCAAAUUCCGGCCUACUGUCUUCCGUCCCAGCGAAAAAUGGU